UACGCCUAUAUUUUGGUGGCGCCUCUAUGUCAAAUGGAAACUGGAAAAGCAAGGGAAAGGAGACGAGUUCAUGCUCUCUAUUUGCGACAUCUUACGAUUGUUGUCGGAGGACGAAGAAGAUCGCGUAUAUGCAGUCGAGAUAUGUGUACGGUUGUUGGAGUUUGCUGGGAGAGGUGGUCGUGGCAGUGCUGGAGGCGGUGCUGACGGUAUUGCUAGGCUAGAGAGAGGAG